AUGAGUGGACAGCUGGCUUGUCCAGGCAGAUCCGGAGACGAAACUUACCGUGGGUAUUCCUAUGAGGGCUGUGUUGAUUUUACAGGGGGUCCUGGAGCUGUUGCGGCCGCGGCUGCCGCCAGUGUCGUAUCAACCGCCCCCCAAUCCUUGAAACUGACUUACCCCGAGAUCUUGGACCGGAUCAAAGAAGAAUUCCAGUUUUUGCAGAACCAGUACCACAGCUUGAAACUUGAGUGCGAGAAACUGGCAACCGAGAAGACAGAAAUUCAGCGACACUAUGUCAUGGCUCACCUACAGACACCCCCUGUGGCCACUGCAGCUGUUGCGGCCGCGGCUGCCGCCAGUGUCGUAUCAACCGCCCCCCAAUCCUUGAAACUGACUUACCCCGAGAUCUUGGACCGGAUCAAAGAAGAAUUCCAGUUUUUGCAGAACCAGUACCACAGCUUGAAACUUGAGUGCGAGAAACUGGCAACCGAGAAGACAGAAAUUCAGCGACACUAUGUCAUGUAUUAUGAAAUGUCCUACGGGUUGAACAUCGAAAUGCACAAACAGACAGAGAUUGCCAAGCGGCUGAAUGUCAUCUGCGCUCAGCUUAUCCCCUUCCUGUCUCAGGAGCACCAACAACAAGUGGUCCAGGCAGUGGAACGGGCCAAGCAGGUGACGGUGACAGAACUGAAUGUGGCAAUCGGGCACCAGCUUCAAGCUCAGCACCUCUCCCACCACGCGCCCCCCAUCCCGUUGACCCCCCACCCUUCCGGCGUCCAGUCUGCCAGCUUGGCCAGCCUCGGUAGCGCUUCUGGGCUGCUGGCGCUGUCGGGAGCCCUGGGGACACAAGCUCACCUGGUCGCCAAGGAUGACCGAGGGCUUCUCGACGCCGAUAACCGAGAGAGAGACCCCGGACCCAGCUCUUUGGUGCUGUCGAACGGCGAAAGGAUGCGGGCCAUUUCGGAUUACUUGAACAGUAGCAAAAAAAGGAAGACAGAAAAAGAAUACAGCACAGAUUACGGUAGCGAUGGGGAGAAAAGCGAAGAUAAUCUGGUCGUGGAUGAGGAUCCUUCUUCCCCACACAGCGUCCAGUCUUUCUCCUCCCGAGAAAAUGGGGUCGACAAAGCUACUUUGCAUCGGAAAGAGUUGGGCCACCACAGCCCCACAUCCAUGGCGUCUUCCAGCAGUGCCUCCCCGACUCGCCCGACCAAGGAUAUUUUGCAGGUAGAGAAAGCAGUUACUCCCGGUUUGAAGUCCAACACCCCAAAUUCCCAAGGCGAUGGACCUAUGCCCGGAUCGUCUGGCAGCCUCUCCCAGUUCCGUCCAGGAGUAGCGAAGCAGACGGUGGAGUCGCUCGCUUUGAGCCUGCGGAAUCCGCUCACCGUCCAAAGUUCCUAUCAAGCGGCUUUUAACGUCGCCCAUGUUUCAGUCAACGGCGACAUGGUGGGCACCGGCGCCUACGCCGGGCUGCACCUGGUCUCCCCCCAGCUGAACGGGGCCGCCGUCGUGGGGACGGGCAGCUACGGGCGUUCCCCUUUGGUCGCUUAUGAUCCUCACGCGCAUUUGAGGGCCUCAGGCCUUUCUGCGGGAAUGCAGGCCGGCAUGACUUCUGCCAAGCCAGCCUACUCCUUCCACGUAAGCGCGGACGGGCAGAUGCAGCCGGUGCCCUUCCCGCCCGACGCCCUGAUCGGCUCCGGGAUCCCGCGCCACGCCCGCCAGCUGCACACGCUCUCCCACGGCGAGGUGGUCUGCGCCGUCACCAUCAGCCACUCCACCCAGCACGUCUACACGGGGGGCAAAGGCUGCGUCAAGGUCUGGGACGUGGGGCAGCCGGGCACCAAGACCCCCGUGGCGCAGCUGGACUGCCUGAACCGAGACAACUACAUCCGAUCCUGCAAGCUUCUUCCCGACGGCCACAGCCUCAUCGUGGGGGGCGAAGCCAGCACCUUGUCCAUCUGGGAUCUGGCGGCCCCCACGCCCCGGAUCAAGGCCGAGCUGACCUCCUCCGCCCCGGCUUGCUACGCCCUGGCCAUCAGCCCCGACGCCAAAGUCUGCUUCUCCUGCUGCAGCGACGGCAACAUCGUGGUCUGGGAUCUGCAGAACCAAACGCUGGUUCGGCAGUUCCAGGGUCACACGGACGGGGCGAGUUGCAUCGACAUUUCCAAUGAUGGCACCAAACUCUGGACCGGCGGUUUGGACAACACUGUCCGAUGCUGGGACCUCCGCGAAGGCCGGCAGCUGCAGCAGCACGACUUCAGCUCCCAGAUCUUCUCCCUGGGCUACUGCCCCACGGGAGAGUGGCUGGCGGUCGGGAUGGAGAGCAGCAACGUGGAAAUCCUCCACGUGACGAAAUCGGAGAAGUACCAGCUGCAUCUUCACGAGAGCUGCGUCCUCUCCCUGAAGUUCGCUUCCUGUGGAAAAUGGUUUGUCAGUACAGGGAAGGACAAUCUGCUAAACGCCUGGCGGACCCCUUAUGGAGCCAGCAUAUUCCAGUCGAAAGAAACCUCAUCCGUCCUUAGCUGCGAUAUUUCCACAGACGAUCAAUUCAUCGUCACCGGAUCCGGGGACAAGAAGGCGUCUGUUUACGAAGUCAUGUACUGACCCGAGUCCCGGCGUUGUUCCAAACUGACCGCAAGAGAAAGGGGCGGCUGUUUUGUGCGCCCCUUCUCGGGUUUGUUUGUUUUUAUCCAGCC